AUGGCCAUGGCGCAGCGGUCGCUACAGUCGCUGGAUUUCAGCCAGCUCAGGCGCGUCGACGGGCUGCCGUCGGGCCUCAAAACGCCCAGCGCGAGCGGGAAUGGCGUCGUGUCGCUGCUCCCCGGGUCGCAGCAGAAGCAAGUGCGCGUGAAGGGCAAGGCCCGAGUGAACAACGGCUUCGCGGUCCGUGCCUCGGGGGGCGUUGUUGAGCUCGAGCCCGCUUCCCCCGGUAGUCCGAUUCUCGUGCCUCGGCUACAGUACGCGGACUCGGUGUCGAAGACGGUUCGGCGAAAGACGCGCACGGUGAUGGUGGGUAACGUGGCGGUCGGCAGCGACCACCCCAUCCGCGUGCAGACCAUGACCACCUCCGACACCAAGAACGUGCAGGCCACUGUCGAGGAGGUGAUGCGCAUCGCGGAUCGCGGCGCGGAGAUCUGCCGCAUCACGGUGCAGGGUCGCAAGGAGGCGGAGGCGUGCGAGCAGAUCAAGAACAAGCUGGUGCAGGCCAACUACAAUAUUCCGCUGGUGGCGGACAUUCACUUUGCGCCCACCAUCGCGCUGCGCGUCGCGGACUGUUUCGACAAGAUCCGCAUCAACCCCGGCAAUUACGCGGACACGCGCGCGGUGUUCAAGACGGUGGAGUACACGGACGAGAGCUACCAGCAGGAGCUGGAGCACAUUGACGAGGUGUUCUCCAAGCUAGUGCUCAAGUGCAAGCAGCUGGGGCGCGCCAUGCGCAUCGGCACCAACCACGGCAGCCUCUCCGACCGCAUCAUGAGCUACUAUGGCGACUCGCCACGUGGCAUGGUGGAGUCCGCGCUGGAAUUCGCGCGCAUCUGUCGCAAGCACGACUACCACAACUUCGUGUUCUCCAUGAAGGCCAGCAACCCCGUCGUCAUGGUGGCCGCCUACCGCCUGCUGGCAGCGCAGCUGAGGAGUGCGGGGCCGGACUGGAACUACCCUCUGCACCUGGGAGUGACUGAGGCCGGGGAGGGCGAGGACGGCCGCAUGAAGUCCGCCAUUGGCAUUGGCGCGCUGCUGCAGGACGGCCUGGGCGACACCAUUCGAGUGUCGCUCACGGAGGCUCCAGAGGAGGAGAUUGAGCCGUGCUCUGCUCUCGCUAACUACGGCAUGCGCGCCGCCAAGCUCGGCAAGGGUGUGGAGGACUUUGAGGAGAAGCAUCGCAGCUACUUUGAGUUCUCCCGCCGAUCCGGCCAGCUGCCCCUGCAGAAGGAGGGAGACGCUAUUGACUUCAGGGGGAUGCUGCACCGUGAUGGAUCUGUGCUCAUGUCCGUUGAUGCUGCCAUGCUCAAGAACCCUGAGGCUCUGUACCGUGCUCUGGCGUGCAAGAUGGCUGUCGGCAUGCCCUUCAAGGAUCUGGCGACAGUGGACAGCAUUCUGCUCCGCCAGGCCCCAGCUGCUGACGACAAGGAAGCUCGUCUGGCGCUGAGGCGGCUGCAGGAGGUGGGCGUGGGUGUGCUGGUGCCGGUGGAGGCCCUUGCAGCCGCGCCUCUCCCCAACGCCGUGGCACUGCUCUCCCUGGAGCAGGCCAAGCUGGGCGUGCACAAGCACCUGCCUCAAGGGGCGGCGCGCUUUGCAGUGAGCGUGCGGGGCGACGAGAGUGAGGAGGACCUCAAGGCAUUGGUGGGGCUGGACGCCGUGAUGCUGCUGGCGCACGUGCCGCCGCAGGCAGAGGACAGCACCGUCAGCCGCGUGCACUCUAGCCGCAGGCUCUUUGAGUUCCUGCAGUCCAAUAACAUCAUGACACCUGUCAUCCACCACAUCAGCUUCCCUGAGGGCACGUCCAAGGACGAUCUGGUGCUGCAGUCGGGUGCUGAGGCUGGUGCUCUGCUGGUGGACGGGCUGGGAGACGGAGUGCUGCUGGAGGCGCCCAGCCACGACAUGGAGUUCCUGCGCAACACGUCCUUUGGCAUGCUGCAGGGCUGCCGCAUGCGCAACACCAAGACGGAGUUCGUCUCAUGCCCAUCAUGCGGCCGCACGCUCUUUGACCUGCAGGAGGUGACGGCUUCCAUCCGCGAGCGCACCUCCCACCUCCCUGGCGUUGCUAUUGCCAUCAUGGGGUGCAUUGUGAAUGGCCCUGGCGAGAUGGCUGAUGCUGACUUUGGCUACGUGGGCGGGGCGCCAGGCAAGAUCGAUCUCUAUGUCGGCAAGAGGGACUUUGGCUACGUGGGCAGGGCGCCAGGUAAGAUCGACCUCUAUGUCAGCAAGGUGCGUGCCCUCUGCUGGGCUGGAUGGCAUGGUGGGCUGCAUCUGGGUGGUAUUCUGGCUGGCAUGGUGGUCGGCAUGGUGGUUGGCAUGGUGGGCGGCAAGUUUGUCCUGUGCACUCAUCCGCAGUGCCGCAUCAUGCCGUCCGUCCCCAUUGAUGCAGCUGAAUUCCAUCCCUCUCAUUCCCAGCUGUCCCCACCCCCCUCCUUCCUCCUCCCCCACAUUCCACCGCACUCCAUCCCACCCCAAACCACCCCAUCCCACCCCAACCCCUCCAACCCUCAACAGGAGGUGGUGCAGCGCGGCAUCCCCAUGGAGGAGGCCACGGACGCGCUGGUGAAGCUCAUCAAGGACCACGGCCGCUGGGUGGAGCCCAUGCCACCUCAUCUCACACCUUUUCACCGCACUCCACUGCCCUCCACCGCACCCCAUCCCCCCCAACAGGAGGUGGUGCAGCGUGGCAUCCCCAUGGAAGAGGCAACAGACGCGCUGGUGACGCUCAUCAAGGACCACGGCCGCUGGGUGGAGCCGGCUCAGGAGGAGGAGGCGCAGGCCGUGGCGGCUUGA